CUUCGUCCCAUGGUCUUCAAACCGCGUCAAUAUCAUCAUCAUUUCGCUGCUUACGUGCCAUUCUCGUCUGAGAGACGACUCCUAUAGAGAUUCCUGGUCCCUUCAACUACAUACCUCAACAGGAGGGUUUGCAGUCCGCUGCAGUCAAACGUUGCACCCAGCCACCUCGUUUAUCUCGCGUUUGCCAGACCGACAAUAGAUAACGACAAUAUCGAAACGAUGGGGGCUUACGAUCCAGAGAAGGAGAUUCGACAACCAUUGCUGAAAGACAGGCAGUCUUCCGAUCCGGCAGAAUCGAUACAACCGAGCAGGAAAUCAACUUCAUCUUCGUCCUCGUCCGAGAAGCGGCGGAAACCCACUGUAUCGACCGUUGCAUUUUCACUUGUCCUUCUUGGAGCUAUUUUAGCAUUCUUCUCAUCGUUGACUCUCCUGCUAGCACUCGCCAACACGUUAUCGAGUUCGCCUGCAGAAAAGCUGGAGGCAUGUGCCUGGGAAACCCUCAAAACUCACGUGUCGCUUCUCGACGUCCCCCAAAUCAGCCAUGAGGAGUUUCUCAAGCGUCAAUCCAUUUUGGCCGCCGCAUUGGACGAAGCUGGUGUCGAUGCUUUUAUCGCCGAACCGUCAGCCUCUUCCAGCUAUUAUGCCAAUAUCUCCUCUUCAUACGAUUUGUCCGAACGUCCAUUCUUGAUGAUCUUGGACCGAACAGGCAAAUUCUCUUACCUGGCACCGAAAUUCGAGCUAGGUCGCAUUGCUGGCCUCGACAUGGUCUUCACGGAGAAGACAGUCAUUGAAUGGGCUGAAGAGGAAUCACCCUACGAAGUCUUGAAGCGGGAAACCGGGUACAAGAAGAUCAUGCUGGAUGAGCAUGUCCGAUUCAUGAUUGCCGCCGGUGUCCAAGCUACUGGCAUCGACGUCGUUCCCAUGUCCCAAGCUAUCCAGUCACUCCGCUCAGUUAAGACUGAAGCUGAACUUGCUAUCCUCCGCGGGAUUAAUGGCUUCACUCUGGAGCUGGUUCGCUCACUUCAGAAAUGUAUCGACAUCGGCAUGUCACAAGAAACCAUCAACACAGCUGCCCACAGUCUCUUCUCUCGAGCUGAUGUCGGAGCAGGAUAUUGGGCAAUCAUCCUCUUCGGCGAGCAAGCAGCUAGUCCUCAUGGUGGAUCUUCAGGAAAGACAUUGCAAAACGGAGAGUUCGUACUCAUCGAUAUUGGAUCCAGCCUGCACCGCUACGGAAGCGACGUUACUCGCACAAUACUCCCUUCUAAAUCUACUGUCAGCAAGGAGCUCAUGGGUAUCUGGAAGACUGUUCAUGCUUCGCAGAUUGCAGCUGUGGCUCUUAUGCGUGUCAAUGAGACGUGUUCGGACGUGGACGCUGCGUCGAGGAAGGUCAUUACUGACGCGGGGUAUGGUCAGUUUUUCACUCAUCGACUUGGGCAUGGUCUGGGAUUGGAGAUGCAUGAGCAUCCUUAUUUAAAUGGUGCCAAUUCGGAGAAGUUGAAGGUUGGAGAGGUGGUAACGAACGAGCCGGGUAUUUAUGUCACUGGUGAGCAAGCAAAGGGAUUAGGCAAAAGCGUUGGAUUUGGCGUUAGACUUGAAGAUCCGAUUUUGGUCACUGCACAUGGCGGUGUGCCAAUGACCGGUUCCAGAGCCAAGUCGCCCUACGAGCCAUGAACAAAAUACCUAUUUUGUCAUCUUGAAGCCGUUUUCGGUAUUGAUAUGAGGAUGUCAUAUAAACUGUAUAUUUCAGACCCGCAAUUACAUAUCCUUCCCUUCC